AUGCCUGCCGAGGACCACUUCCUCUCUCGCUCCCCCACUGAGCUCACUGUUGCCCUCCUCGAGAAGGAACUGCUUGCAGCUGAGGCGAGUAUUGUAGCUGUAGGCACCUCUCGUGGCGACCCCCGCACCCCGUUCUUUGAGGGGUGUUCCCCUUCCCCCCUCCUCCCCUCUGUCGCCUCUGCUGCUGCUGUCGACCUCCUCGGUGCUGAGAAGGUCGGGACCGCGUCUGCUUCGAGCGGGCGCCGCAGGAGCAAGGGGGGCAGGGGUGGGGGUGGCGGCGGAGGAGGUGGGGGUGGAGGCGGUGGGAGUGGAGGCGCGGCUGAGGAGGCUAGUGGCGGCAGUGGGGGAGGCGACAGCAGCGGCGGGAGUGGUGGCAGGGGCGGAGGCGGCAGCGGGGGCGGAGGUGGUCGUGGUGGCGGCAGGGGUGGAGGUGGCCGGGGCGGAGGCGGUGGGGGUGGUGGUCGUGGAGGCACUGGCGGAGGGCAGAGUCAGCAGCCCGCCCCGACACUUCAGGCCGCCCGUGAGUGGUAUGCGCAGCGUGGAGUUACCUGCACGUACGUUAUUCGCACAGGUGACCGCAGCGGCCAGCAGUGUGGGAGGCCGCACCCCACGCAGCGCUGCUUCGCGCGCCUUAACGACGCGUGGCGCACCCAGUUUCCUAGUGCCACUGACCUGCCGCGCUGGGCUGAGCUGGAAAAGAGGGGUGUUGAUAUUUGGGCUCUAGACUUUGAUGCUAUUCUCACUGCCAUGUAUGCGAUGUCUAUUAGUGGAGAGGGUGCUCAGUACUUGCGUGUUCCGCCCGACCCGGGCAUUCAGGCCAGUCCGGCUGCCGCUCUAGGUGCUAGUGCGUCCGCUCCCACAGGUCCUGGUGAGGCUGCUGCCCUAGGUGCUAGUGCGUCUGUGCCCCCUGGUACUGAGUCGACUGCAGCACUGCACACCUUCACACUGGACUCAGGUGCUUCUCGCUCUUUCUUUCGUGACCGCACUGUCCUUGAGCCACUCGCUCGGCCAGUUGCGGUCUCCCUUGCUGACCCCUCUGGGGGUCCGGUCAUUGCGACCUCCUCCACUGUCCUUCCUUGUCCGGCGGUCCCGUCCGGCACGCUUUCACCCCUGCCUACGAGCGCGUGA